AUAAAGCUAAACUGACGAUGCACAUUAUUGUAAAAUACAAUUCUCAAACAUGAAGACUACAUUGGUUUUGACUCUCUUGUUCUUUUUAGGUCUGACCGUAUUCGCCAGAAGAACCACUGAACCUGAGCCUACCGAUGAUCCUGAGCCUGAAUUUGAUUGCGACAAUUGUAUAUUAUUUACAACUGUUAUCAAGGAUUUAGUCGAAGACGGAGAAACCUUGGAGGAAGUUGAGAGAGACGCAGACAGAUUAUGCGGUGUUUUACCAGGUAACUUGAGAGAAUAUUGUGAAGAUAAUUUGCUCCCAAAAGUUGAUAGAAUCUAUGACCAGCUACAAGAAAAUACUCCCCAGGAAGUAUGCGAAAAUUUGGACUUAUGCUAGAGAAUUAUUAAGGAUUUUUUAAAGAUAUGUAAAUUUGAAAACG